AUGCUGCCAGCAGUGAAGGUGCCGAAGGAGCUGCUGCAAGUCAGGCCGACGGUGCUGGAGGAGUAUGUGCGCCACCGCCUGCUGCAAUUCAUGACCGGCCUCUCCCUGCGCCUGCGCGUGCUGUCGCCGGGCGCAAACCUCGAGCUCCUCGACCGCGCGGCGGCGGAGGCGCUGCAGGGCCUGCCGCCGCCGGAUUAUGGGCACGUGCCCGUUGAGCUGAUGGAGCUGCAGCUGGUGUUCAGACACGACUGCCAGUGA